UAUUUUUUUUAACUAAACGAUAUAUCUUUUCAAAUAAUAUGUAAAGCAAUCAAGGUAUGAUAAAAUUAUCUAAAAUUCGAUCUACAUACAUUAUAUUUCAACGAAUUCAACGGCAACUGAGAGAUAGACUUCAUAUAUCCCCUGAGGACAUUUUUACGGAAUCAGGUCAUCAGAAACAGAGGUGUAUGUAUGGUGGGGAGAUGUUAAAUGUAUGUUGGACCGUAUAUAGAGAUCACAUUAUUACGUAUUUUAGUAGUUCCCUUCUUAUUUUCCUUAAGUUCACAUCACUUUGUCAAUCUUCGACAAUGGUGUUUCUUCAAUUUUUUACUAUUGCUAUUCUUUUAAGUAUAACAUCAGUGAAAACAUACUCUGUUCCAUACCAGAGCAUUCAGUUAGCGUUUCCUAUCACGCCAAAGUUGAUAUAUACAUCUGAGUCAAAUCCUGCUUUCAGUGGAUAUUCUUAUACAACUCUGGAUUUUAAUGGUGGUGAAAGUAAUGUUAUUUUUACAACUGGUGCUGAUUCUGCGAGCAAAUUAAAGGUUGAAAUAAACUCAAUGAAAACAUUAGAAGAAUAUUCACCAAAAAAUAAAAACCAAGAGACCAUAAUGUCUUCGGAACAAUCUAAAUUUGUCAAAACUGAAGAAAAUAAGAAUAAACAAAAACUGGUCACUAAUAUUAAAGUUCUCAACAAAGAACAAAAUUUUUCAAAAAAUCCCGAAGCAGAUUAUAAUCUUUUUGAACCUCAAACAAAUCUUCAGCAAGUCUCCCUUGUGGAUAUACCUUACUCUUUACUUAGGGAAAAUUUACUAAACUUUCCACUGUUUCCAAGAUAUCAUUUAUCUUCGAAUAUAAUACAGAGCCAUUACAAUCCCUACGCUGAUUUAGAACUGCCUUUGAAUAAUUUUGAUUUUUAUAAUCCUACUGUACCAUUAUUUUAUCAAGCAGCAACAAUCAUUCCCAAUAAUGAUGAUUCCAAGUUAGCAUUGACAGCUGAUAAAAAUAUGAAAGCAUCUACAGAAUCACAAGUUACUAAAAGUUCACAAGCAAAUGCUAUUGGUUCUGAAUCUAGUUCGACGAAAUCCAGCAUAAUAGAAUCAAGAUUAAAUUUAGAAUCAACAACAAAUGCAAUUGAAGAAACACCAUCAAGUCAAACUGCUAUUUCCAUGAAGAAACUUGAAUCUACAAUCACAUCUAAGAAAAACAAAAAAAUUACAACUAAUGAAUCUGCAGGAUCAUUUCAGAACACUGUUGAGCAGACAACAGAUAACACAACAAGUAGUACUGAAUCAACAAAUACAGAAACAAGUUCCUUAAUGAUAAAAGCAAAUAUUGCAACAUCCAAAAGAUGUACAAGAUGUAAGAAAUAAUCUAACUAAAAUACAAAUCCAUAUAUAUGAUAUGAACUUUUUGUCGCCAGUAGUAUUAAAUAAUAAAUAAGUUUAUCAAGUCCA